UACAGCAUAGAUGACUGAAGUACUGAGGCGAUACAGCUGAACAUUUAUUUAGAAUUAACACUAAAUUGAAGUGUGAAGAAGUGUGAAGAACUAAACUCUGGACUUAUGUCUUUACAUAAAUGAAAGAAAGCUAAUAACGAUGCAAUUGUAAUAAAAAGGACAAUGAAUAAAAGAGACAAACUCUUCAUACUAGCAUACUUCUUAAAUAUUAUUAAUGGAAUUUUCUUGUUAUUAGGUCUUAUGCUUGUAGCAUUUGGUCACUGGAUUUUACUGGAUGGAAACAAAUCUGUCGCAUUUUUAUUAUCUACAGAUGAAAAUUCUUUGAUAGAUACCAUUUCUAAUAUGCUACUUGCCACUGGAUCCAUCAUUGUUUUUAUCGGUCUCUUGGGAUACCUAGGAAGUAUUCGACGAAUCAGAUGGUUAGUCAUUGCGUAUAUGGUUCUAGUUGUCCUGAACUUUGUUGUCCAAGCUGGAAUGCUCAUACGUCUCUAUGUAGGAACAGAAAUGGUUAGCAAACUGUGGAAAGUUCAAAUGGAUGAACUCAUUUCUAACUAUGGGAAUAAAAACCUGCCUAAAAAGGAACAUCAAUGGGAUAUUCUGAAUGGCAUUCAGCGCAUGCUUCAGUGCUGUGGGAGAUACAAUUUCACAGACUGGAAAGCAAAUAAACAUAAAGAACAUGCAAAUCAAGUGCCAUGUUCUUGCACAACAUCUAACAUGAAGAAAUGGUUUUGUGAUGUCCUGGAAAAUGCCACAUACACUAAGGGUUGUGAGGAAGAUAUCACGUCAUGGUAUGAAGAAAAUAUUUGGAUUUUAUUUGUGAUUCAUUUUGGACUGCUAGCAAUAGAAGUUCUUCAGUUCAUAGCCUCUGCUUGGCUGUCCAGCGUAAUGAGGAAGAAUGUCAUUCUGCCCAGAAAGUAGCAAAAACUUUGUGCCACCUUUGUAUUGAUAAACUCUAUACUAAACAUUAGAGGACCUUUGAACGUGAUUAUUACUCCAAUACAUAGUAUUCAACUCCAUCUGUCUGCACUUUGAUCAUAACUGCAAAUCAAAUCCUGUAAAAGGGUUGCUCUUUAAUGUUAUUACUCCAAUGUGUUUUGAUGAUAGAUUCAUAUGCAUUAUGUUUUACAUUUGAAUAAUAAAAUCUCAUGACUAUAUUUUUCAGUUUUUGGCCAAAAUAAAUUGGCUAACUGCAAUAAAAUAUGAGGUAAAUAAA